AAACUUUGGGAAGAAUGUUUCGAGGAACUACUUGCCGAUGUUUUGGGACGAGAGACAUUGCAGAAAUUCUUAGACAAAGAAUACUCUGGCGAGAAUCUUCGUUUUUGGUGGGAGGUUCAAAAGUUGCGGAAGUGCAGCUGUAGAAUGGUGCCGGUCUUAGUUACAGAAAUUUACAAUGAAUUCAUUGAUUCAAAUGCAACUUCUCCUGUGAAUGUGGACUGCAAGGUAAUGGAAAUAACAGAGGAGAACUUGAAAAAUCCAAAUCGCUGGAGUUUUGACGAAGCAGCGGAUCAUAUAUUCUGCCUGAUGAAAAAUGAUAGUUAUCAGCGUUUUCUUCGAUCUGAUAUAUAUAAAGAUCUCCUCAUACAGUCGAAGAAAAAGGUAAAUUUUUGA